AUGGCACACACGACUGCCAGUUCCUCGGACGAGACAAAUAAACACGAUAAAAAAAGUACUAGCGAAAAUGUCGACUGUAAAUCAAUGGAUCACAUCACGUCGGAUACCAUGCAACAACCCUUACCACCGGAUGGAGGAUGGGGCUACGUCGUUGUCCUUGCAUCCUUCUUGAUCCAUGUAAUUACCGAUGGCGUGACUUAUUCCUUCGGUGUCUUUUACUUAGAAUUUCUACAUUACUUUCAAGAAGGAAAAGGUGCAACGGCAUGGGUUGCGUCGAUAUUAGUGGGUGUCACAUUGUGCUCGGGGCCGAUAUCAGGUUCAUUUGUAAAUAAAUUCGGAUGCCGAACAGUGACAAUAGCUGGUUCUAUAUUAGCUAGCGCGUGUUUACUGGCGAGUGUGUGGGCUCAACGCAUCAUAGUCCUAUAUUUGACGAUCGGUAUUGGAACAGGGUUAGGAUUCGGCUUAAUCUAUUUGCCUGCGAUCGUAAGCGUUACAUGCUACUUUGAGAAAUAUCGUUCCCUUGCAACGGGAAUUGCAGUAUGCGGUUCCGGCUUAGGUACGUUAGUCUUUGCCCCGUGUCUAAAGUACCUGAUAGCAUGGUACGGAUGGCGGGGAACGCUUAUGAUCUGUUCCGGGAUUGUUUUGAAUUGCAUCAUUCUCGGGGCACUCUUUAGGCCACUCAAGACAAGCAAAUCGCAAAGAAGAAGUUCUUCGAAGGUACAGAUUUUUCGUUUAAUAUUCAACUUUCAUUAAUCGUUGCAGGAUUCCGCAAAAAGUCAAGAAGAUGAUACAAAAUUGUAUACAGUUAGUUUUCGAAGGGUGACGAACGGUUCUGGUGUAAUAUCCAGCAUUAGUCAGCCUGCUUUAAUCUCUCGAAAUGUACCAUGUGAAGAAAGUUUGGAGGACAUCCAGAAAGAAAUGCCAAAUGUGCUACCAAGACAUAAUGAAGAAAUGGUUUAUAUUCGUGAAUCAUUAAAAAAUUUACCUAAUAAGAUAGAAUACUCGAACAGAAAUAAUAAAAAGUUUAAAGCCUACUGCAAAAGCAAGAUAGGUAAUUUUCAAGAAAUAUUGGAUAUUUCUAUAUUAAAGGAUCCAGUAUUUAUUUUAUUUACCUUUUCCAACUUUUGCACCAGUAUUGGAUUUUAUGUACCAUAUGUGUACGUAUUGCCUCAAGCAGAGGAACAAGGAAUUAAUAAAAAUGAUGCAAGUUAUCUUCUUGCAGUAAUUGGAAUUGCUAAUACUGUAGGACGUAUCGUUUUGGGAUACAUAUCGGAUAAAUCGUGGGUCAAUCGAUUGUUAGUAUAUAAUUUAUGUCUUACAAUAUGUGGUGUUUCUACAAUUCUUAGUACAGUAUGUACAUCUUUUGCAACAUUUGCAUUUUAUUCUUCCAUAUUUGGAUUCACGUCUGGUGCUUAUGUUGGUUUGACAUCUGUAAUUUUAGUAGAUUUAUUAGGUUUGAAUCAUGUUACAAAUGCUUUUGGUCUACUUCUAUUAUUUCAAGGUUUUGCAUCACUUUUAGGACCACCUAUCGCAGGGUGGUUGUAUGAUUCACUCGAGUCUUAUGAUCCUGGAUUCUUCACUGCCGGUGGUAUGAUUACCAUUAGUGGAUUAAUACUGUUCUUUAUACCGCUUAUUCAAAAAAAAGUACAGCAAAAUAUAAAUAAUGAAAAAAUGAAAAAUACAAUAAGCAAUGAUUCUGUCUAAAAUAUGUCCGUUAGUAAAGUUACAUACUUAUUGUUUGCGUGUGUUGAACUGUCACUCCAUAAAAUAACAUUAUUUGAAUAAAAAGAUAAA